AUGUGUAACACGGACAGCAAGAUGCUGAUGUGUGACCGCGGCGUCCAGAUGCUCGUGACGACGGUGGGCGCGUUCGCCGCCUUCAGCCUCAUGACCAUCGCCGUCGGUACCGACUACUGGCUGUACUCGCGCGGGGUCUGCCGCGUGAAGAGCAGUGGCGACAACGACACGAGCCGCAAGAACGAGGAGGUGAUGACGCACUCCGGCCUCUGGCGAACCUGCUGUCUGGAAGGGACAUACAGAGGAGUGUGUAAGAAGAUUGAUCACUUUCCAGAGGAUGCUGAUUAUGAAGCGGAUGCUGCUGAAUACCUCCUCCGUGCUGUGCGUGCCUCCAGUAUCUUCCCCAUCAUGAGCGUGGGCCUGCUGUUCCUGGGGGGGCUCUGUGUGGCCGCCAGUGAGUUUUACCGGAGCCGACACAACGUCAUCCUCAGUGCAGGAAUCUUCUUCGUCUCCGCAGGCCUCAGUAACAUCAUUGGAAUUAUUGUCUAUAUCUCAGCUAACUCGGGCGACCCGGGCCAGAGCGACAGCAAGAAGUCCUACUCCUAUGGCUGGUCCUUCUACUUUGGCGCCCUCUCCUUCAUCAUGGCAGAAAUGGUAGGCGUGCUGGCCGUGCACAUGUUCAUUGAAAAGCACCGCAAGCUACGAGCAAAGUCCCGCACCGAGCUCAUCAAGAAAUCCGCCUUCAGCCGCAUCCCCUCCUAUCGCUACCGCUUCCGGCGUCGCUCCAGCGUGCGUUCGUCCGAGGCCCCCAGCCGUGACGCCUCACCCCUGGGGAAAGGUGGCUACACGGGGCCUGCCGCCUCCGAGAUGCCUAUGUACACGCUGAACCCACGCGAGGCGGGCAACGCCGGCAGCAAAGCAGGUGGCGGCAUGGGCGGGCUGCUCAACUCAGAGAGGGAGUUCCUCCAGAGCAGCACGCUCACUAAAGACUACAGCAAGGACCCCAACCGCAGGACCACACCUGUCUGA